CCCGGCGCAAUCAAGCAACGCAUGUCGAGUUAUACGUGCGAAGCUCUCCUCAGACCACAACCUCGGACAUCAAUCGCUCCAAUCCGAGCCCCAAUCCCAGCGUCAACCACUCGGCCGAGCCUUUCGCAAUCUUAACGAAGCAUAUCCUUUCCGUCCUGAACCGAUACCAACAAUAGUAUCGCGAGAUUCCCGGGCAUCCCCACAUCAGCCAAGAUGUCAUACUUCUUCUCGACCCCCGUCGACAUCGACAUCGUGCUGGAGGAUGCCGAUGAGCGGUCCAUGGUGGACGUAAAGCUCGACAAGAACCGCCGCGAAAAGGCACCGCUGUACAUGGAUGGCGAGAGUGUCAAGGGCGCCGUGACCAUCAGACCUAAGGACGGCAAGCGGCUAGAGCACACUGGCAUCAAAGUCCAGUUUAUCGGCACGAUAGAAAUGUUCUUCGACCGCGGAAACCACUACGAAUUCCUCUCCCUCGUCCAGGAGCUCGCUGCCCCCGGCGAGCUGCAGCACCCGCAGACGUUCGACUUCAACUUCAAGAACGUCGAAAAGCAGUACGAGUCGUACAACGGCAUCAACGUCAAGCUGCGCUACUUCGUCCGCGUUACCGUCUCCCGUCGUAUGGCCGAUGUUAUCCGCGAGAAGGACAUUUGGGUCUACUCGUACCGCAUACCCCCAGAAAUGAACUCGUCCAUCAAGAUGGACGUCGGCAUCGAAGACUGCCUGCACAUCGAGUUCGAGUACUCCAAAUCAAAGUACCACCUCAAGGACGUUAUUGUGGGUCGCAUAUACUUUCUGCUGGUUCGUCUCAAGAUUAAGCACAUGGAGCUGUCCAUCAUCCGGCGAGAGACGACGGGCGCGGCGCCUAAUCAGUACAACGAGAGCGAGACUUUGGUGAGGUUCGAGAUCAUGGAUGGUUCGCCUUCGAGAGGAGAGACCAUCCCUAUUCGACUCUUCCUCGGCGGCUUCGACCUGACCCCGACGUUCCGGGAUGUGAACAAGAAGUUCUCUACCCGAUACUACCUCAGUUUGGUGCUCAUCGACGAAGACGCACGGCGGUAUUUCAAGCAGUCGGAAAUCAUCCUCUAUCGCCAAGCCCCGGACGCAGCUGCUGGUCCCAACAUGAUUAUGGCUGCCGCCCCGGAGAAUCCUAAGCUCAUGGGCAACUCUCUCGUUCAAACAUAAGAGACUCCCUAGGAUCCCAUUGCGUGGUUUGCAAGUAAUGGGUUGUUGAUGAGACCGGACAAGGGGCGGAUGGGUGUGAGAGCUGUCAUGAUAGGUGGCCUUCGUCCUGUCGGCCACGCGCAGUUUUUAGCAUUUGGUCACGGCGUUUUGGGGUAAAGGAAGAGCUGGGUCUGCUGCACUGAUGCGAACAAUAUGAUAUUCAUUCUUCCCUUCCACCA